AUGGGGUCAGUGGAGAAAUUAAACUCGGAUUUGCAAGCGGAACGGCAGAAACUUGCGUUAUAUGAACGGAAUUUACGAGUUGCUGUGGAAAGCUGUAAAGCUCUGAAAGCUGAGAAAGAGAACCUUGCCAACAUAAUUGCCGGUUUUGCUUGUGCAGAAGUCAAGCCCGGUUCUACUGAUAUCGAUGAAUUGAAGCAGAAAAUCGCCCUACUGACAAAGGAAUUCCAAAGCAAAGAGAGCGCAUUGGUCCUUGCGCGCAAUUCAGUGUUGAAGGAGAACCAAGAACUGAAGAAACGGGUGGCCGAGGCGGAGAGUAUCCCCAACAGUAUGUCGACGAAAACGGGGGACAGUAGUUUUCAUUUGGCCGAGUUGGAGCAAAAGUUGCGUAAGGAAAUGUCAAUGACAAGGAAGUACGAGCAACGGCUACAGCAGAUGGAGAAUCACAUGAAGAAUAAUUCAGCGAGUGACAAUAAAAUGGAGCUUGCCAACAAACAGCUCGAAGCAGAAAGAGAGCAGUUCAAGAAACUGUACGAAGACGCUCAUGGACGGUCGAUCUUUUUGGAGCGCAAGUUUGCGUCGCUUCAACUGGACCAAAAAAGAGAUGAAGCAGAAGUUCCAAAACCAUCGACUCACGUCGAAGAUGAUGCGAAGAUUACAAAAUUAGAAGGUCAAAUUAUGCGCCUGUCUCAACGAUGUGAUGACAAGGAGAAUGAGAUAUCGGAACUAACAUCGGCUAUCAGAGCGUUGAAGGAAGAAAAGGAGCAACUUCUGGAGAAUCUCAAUCACUGCGAAAAGAAGCGAUCACUCUCCCCUGUCGACGAAUUCUGGUUCAGAGAUGGAAUGAUUGCUGAAUAUGAGAAAUUCAAAAAGGAAAACUCGAAUGCCCUAGAAUUCUGUUGUCCGGCUCUCCGUGACGAUGUUAUGUUGCUCAUCGAGAAGGCAGUUCAAGAAAAUGCAAAGUCCGAUCAAGUCAAGCAACAACAGAUUCAGAUUACAAAUCUGGAACGAACGAUUCGAGUGCUCAACGACAAAAUCAACUGCAACGACUCAUUUCGCGUCGAUAUCGAGAAGAAGUUGGAGAAAAUGAACAACGAUAUUAGUCAACGUGACAAAGAAAUUUCUCGCCAAAAAGACGAAAUGAAUCACAUGAAAGAGAGUUUGCGGUUGGAGAAAAGCAAGAGAAACGAGCUGGAGGAGGAUGUGCUUCGACAGAGAAGAUGUACUCAAGAGGAAAUUGAGUCUCGAGACCAGGAAAUUGAAGCGUUCAGAAAGAUGCUCGUUACGUUGCGCCACGAGAAGAUGGAGAGAUCGCAGAAUCCUAGAAAGAUUUCGAGGCACAAUCGUUCUUCAACAUAUGAGGAGGAUCCGGCUACUCGGAGAAGGAGUAGAACGUACUCACAAGAUGACACAACAGUUCCGAAUGAUCCGGAUUCGAAGAAUGUGUACUAUGAGAAUCAGUUGACGAAGAAGGAUUUUGAUAUUCAAGAGCUAAGGAAACAACUCAUGGAUGUUGAGAUACGCCUCCGCGAGAACGAAUCCGUCUCUAUGUCACGUCAAUUGGAAUCUGUUGCUCGAAACGAAGAGAUGACGGAGAAAGUACGAGUGCUUGAAGGGAAACUGCAAAUGCUAUCUUCCACAAAUGAAAUCGACUACCUCCGUAACAUUUUCACACAAUUCCUUCACUCGAUGGGAUCACCGACACCGGCCAGCAAGUCGAUAUUGAAGGCGAUGGGCAGCGUGCUGAAGGUUCCGAUGGCCGAGAUGAAAGUGAUUGAUAAGAAAUAG